AUGAGGACAACGUUGCAGUGCGACUCGAAGCAUCCCAACUGCGGUGCAUGCGAGUCUGCGGGAGUCGAGUGCAAGCAAGAGGACCGACACCGACAGACACUCCAGCCGCGCGGUCAUCUCGAGCACCUCGAGGCCCAACUCGCCAAGUGCACUGCGCUCCUCGCCCGCCUUGUUCCCGCAUUUAGCCUCGACCACCUCGAUCGUCAUCUCGAGGACAAUGGUGUUGUCUGGCCCCCUACUCCAGCCCACUCAGCACAGCCGCCGUACGAGGCGCACACGUCGUACGAGUCGAGUGGAGGAGUGUUCACCUCCCCACCGCCCCCGCCGUCGUUUGUUGCGCCCAAGCCGCCCGCGACGGUGUCGAGCUCGUCGGAUGGGAGUCCGUUCAGUGCGCCGCCGACGCGUGGAAUGGAAGACAUCAAGGGCUCGGAUCCUAACAAUCUCGACUUGAGCUCCACCCGUGGACUCAGCAAGUCGUUUGGCGUGGCCCGCGUCAUCACCAAGAAUCUGCCGACCGAGACGUCGCCCGAGGCACGGGAAGAUCUCGCCGUCGAGGGCUACAUAUCCGGCCAGCUCCCCGAUAGUAGUGCCCCGCCCGUCCUCAACCCGAGCCAAUGGCAGCACUCGAGCAUCAUGCGCUCCUCCAAGCCUGGCGCCCCGCCUGAGCCCCCCAUCGAGGUCUGGCUUCCCUACGACCAGGCACGUGCGUUCAAGAUUGUCGAUGUCUACUUUCGCAAUCUCGAAAUGUCCCGCCCUAUCUUUAUCCGCCGCGAGUUUAUCGCUAGCUUGCGCGCUCUCUACCGCCUCGUCGGCGGCGGGCCACCCAUUUCCUACCAAGAAGCGAUCGAGGGCGAGGUCCCACCCGAGGACGAGCGCAGCCACAACUUUGCGUCGUAUCUCUCUACCGUGCACGACGAUCCCGGUUUCCUAUGCAGUGUCUACCUGGUCUUUGCUCUCGGUACCCUCAGCGAGACUAACCACUUGAUGCACGACAAUCCCGAAGCUCCCGUUCCUACCGACUGGCCCAGCCAUGUCUUGUUUUUCAACCUUGCUCUCCGCAUCAAGCCCGAUCUGCGUGUCACUAUUUCCAGUCUGCAGGCCUUGAUCUUGUUGCAUUGGUACUUGUACACCGAGCGCAAUGGACGCACUCUCUGGCGUCUCCAAUCGUGCUUCACCGCCGAAGAAGCCCAUAUCCGCAAAUGCCUCUGGUCCAUGGCCCUCAUCCACGACCGCGGCACCUCCCUCAUUCUCGGCCGUCCCCUCGCCAUUGCCGAUCUCGAUUACAACACUCCCCUCCCGGACCAAUACUUUUGCGGACGCAAGAUGUUCUCGGACUAUAUUCACGACUGCAGUCCCAUCGUCGUCAUCCAGGGCGACAUCAUCACCAGUUUGUACCGCCCCGGCAAGCUCGACGCCUACACGCUCAUGCGCCAUGCGACGAGGAUCAACAACCGGUUCAUCAAGUAUCGCAAGGAGCUUCCUCAACCCGGUUAUCAGUGGUAUUUCGAGGGCACCGACGAUUGGCCGUUGGAGGAAAAGAUCAACCUGGUCGACCGCAUGUCCGACGAUCACGGCAUGACUGUACUCAAGUAUUACAUUUCUCGACUCAUGCUCCUCCGGACCAUGUUCAAUGCCACCCAGCUCCACAUGAAUAUCCGCCAACAAGCUCUCAAGGAUGGUAAGCGGUCGUCACAUCCCACAACGUCCUCGUGCUCCACCAACACCUCACCCGCUCACCCGACGUCGCCUUUUUCGUCUCCCCCAUCCGAUCACGUAGCAGCCAUGGUCAUCCUCUACGCCGAAAUCUCCAACUGCAUCCACAUCCCGCGCUCCAUCGCCCGGCACGACAUCCAAGUCGCGCUCACCAUCGUGCCCAACCGCCGCUGGCGCUGGCAGCGCAAAGACCUGCAUGCCUCGCACCCGCUCAUCUCGGCCCUCGCCGAGCGCCACUAUGGUGUCGAUUUCACGCGCAGCCUCGGCCCGACUCCUCCGCCGAUGCUCAUGAGCGAGAUUCCGUGGCCGUUUGGAGAGGUCGAGUCGCUGCAGAUUCUACCCGAGGAAAGCAUCCCGCCGUCGGUCCCGUCGGUUCCGGCGGUCGUGAGCCGGCGACGGGAUAUGGAGUAUGAGAUACGCGGGGGGCUCGGGAGGGGGAAGCGAUAUCCCUACGAUCCCACUGCGUCUGCCUCUGCAUCCGCAUCUGCACCGGACCACUCGCCGAUGCAGACGCACGAAACGGACCGCUCGUCUGAGCAAAUGGCGUACGAACCGGCCGAGACGAAAAAAUACGAGCGGACCGAACCUAAACCGUACUCUCCCUCGGACUCGAAACCCACCUACCCGCCCGCAGCCUCUGCAUCCGCCUCUACAUCUGCAUCCACAUCAGCCCCUGCCUCGUCAGACGCAAACAAGUACGAUUCCGCCAAGCAACCCAGCAACUCGAGCUACGAGCACCAUACCCCGCCCUCGUCGAUCCACCCGCCCAUCCCGCCGAACCAGAUCCCGGACCGGCUUCAUCCGCACCAUUUGCAUGGCUCGGAGUUUAUUCCCCAGUUGCCUCAACCCGAUGCGAUUCCUGAAGUUCUGGCUCGACUCCGAAACGAGCCUCCCGAGGGACACGUCGAUUUGUACCAGUCCUCGGCGUAUUUCGUCGAAGAACAGUACGAUCGCGAACCGUACGACCAAAUGGGAUUCAGCGGCCCGACGGUCGUUCCGAGCGUCGGCGUCGCGCCUCCCAUGGCGUAUUCUCAGCAUCAGGCCCAAACUCAAGCUCAAGCUCAAGUACAGGUCCAGGCUCAGGCUCAGCAUCAGGGACGCAGGUGGAACGUCAGGCAGUAA